AGCCGGGGCUCGGUGGCUUAUGGAAAGAGCAGCGAAGCUCCUACAGCCGCCGCGAUGCUGGGAAAGGACUACAUGCUGGCGAUCAUCAUCGUUAACUAUGACGACAAUCUGUGGAAUGACCAAUCCCUGGAGAUAGACCCAGACCUACCCCCAGGCUGGAGAAUGAUCCGGGACACAUGUGGCACUUACUAUUGGCACAUACCAACUGGCACUACACAAUGGCAGCACCCAGUGUCCACAUCAGACAUCAGCCUGGACUCCAGGAAAUUGUCACCAGGCCUGUCCCCAACCCUGGAGCACAAGGCUGUUAUCCCAGGAGCUGCUGGUGUACACCGAUUGCCCCGAGGAGGGAGGUUCCAGAGCUCCAUGCCUGCUUCUUCAUCGAUAAACCUGAGAGACUUUGCCUACGUUGCCAGUGACAAGGAUACGUGCAUGCUCAAGUGCCACGUUUUUCAUUGCAACACACCUGCCAAAGCCAUUGCCACUGCCCUCCAUCAGAUGUGCUCCCAGAUCAUGGCAGAACGAGCAAAUAAUAGUGGCUCAUCGAAAGUAUCGAGAGUGGAGGACAGCAUCUCUCCAGUCGACCUGCCUCUACAAGUUGACCUCCUGGAGACAGUGAGACAAUCUGUACAGAGGUUUAAUGUCCAAUACAUCGGCAGUCUCCCUGUGACCAACUCAAUGGGAAUGAAGCUGGUGAACGGAGUGAUAAAGAGUCUGUUGGAUUCAGUGGACAGAUGUGACUGGCCUUCAGUUCUCCUCCAGGUUACGGAUACCACUCUGUCUGUGUCUAAGGGGGAGGAGAGCAGGGAGCUGUGUUGGCAGUGCCAGGUACGGUACUUGACCUUCCUGGGCAUUGGGAAGGACCCACAUACCUUCGGCCUCAUCGUGGACACGGGACUCCAGCAUUUUGAGUGCCACGUUUUCUGGUGUGAGCCUGACGCUGGCUACAUCUCUGAGGCCAUUCAGGCAGCUUGUAUGCUACAAUACCAGAAGUGUUUGGUGGCUACAGCUCCCACAGUGAGAUCAAAGAGGGCCACUCACUCACAGGCACCCUCUUCAGGCCUGAAGAAGCACCUGUCUUCCCCAAUGAUUGAUGGUGCGGGUGCCACGCCUGGACCCCUCCUCUCUGCCCCCAAGUUCACCAGUGGCUCCAAUCUGAAACGUGGCAUCCUGGCCCUGCUGGACACCUUUAAACACAAGCAUUCGGUGUUGCAAAUGCCAUAGUGUCACAGGGGGAGGGGCGGUGGCGGUGUUGGGGAGCGGCAGAAGUGGACGAGGCUGGGGGAAUGGUUCUUGAGGUGAGGUUGGAGAAAGGGAGCCUUGGUGAGUUGGGGUGGUGAGUGAUGGGGCAUGUGGGUGGGUGGAGAAGGGAUAGGGUCUUGGGAAUGGGAGAGGAACUAGGAUCCACAAUUG